AACCUAAAUUUAGUGUUUUCAAUAUUCUAAAUAGGGUGACUGUUUUAAACCGAAUCGCCGUUUUUUAUCACAUAAGCAUAUUUAAUACCAUAAUGGAGGAAGAAAUCCGGUCAAUUUCUUCUCCAUUAAGACGAACCUCUCGCAAAACCAAGCCAAGUUUACGAGCCUCCGAGUCCCUUUACACGUCCAACUUGAAAUCCGCAGGCCUUGUAGCAUCUUUGGAGACCAGCAGCAGUGAUGAACAAUUCCAAUGCAGUGACGAGGAGGCAUUUAUCAGUCCAGAAAAGCCCAAGAUACUGCAUGCCAACGAAACUGUUAAAGGAAAUGCAAUAUUUGCAUUUCAGAAACGCAAGCAUCUGGAUGGCUUGGAUCUGAUAAUACAAGAGGCCCAAAAGGCUACACAUCAAGUCAGAAGGAGAAUACCGCAUAUGUUUGACGAUAGUGGAAGCGAGUACGAGGAGGAAUCAUGCAGUUCUGCGAGCAGCGGAUCAGAUGAAAGUGAAGAGCCAUUAGUGAAGCAACGUAUUCAAUUUGAGGCAAGCGAUGGCACCCAGUCAAAAACGUUCGCUAAAUACACCAUAGACACAGAAGAGUAUUUUGCCAAUUCGGGUUCAUCUAAAGGAAGUAAAACUUCCAACAACACAUUGGAUAAGUUGCACACCCCAAGACUGCCCCAAUAUCAACUGCAAAAACUGUUGCUUAAUAAAAGGCACAGCAGUGAGCAUGUGAAAUCAAUGAAAAAUCUGGAAUUGGGAUAUGAAAAGUUGUUCACUAAAUGGCUGUAUGUGUUGAGUCAAAACUUUUCUCUGUUGUUAUAUGGACUGGGUUCGAAGAAACACCUGCUUCGAAACUUUCGAAGCGAAAUAUUACAAGACAGGCCAGCUAUAGUUAUCAAUGGAUUUUUUCCUACGUUAACCAUCAAGAGCGUGUUGGACAGUAUUAUUGGAGAUUUGUUAGAGUUGAGAGAAAGGCCUGCAAACCUGAAUCAAGCAGUGGAUCUGAUAAUCCAAGAAGUGGAUAGGCUUGAAAUCAGUGUGUUCCUAUUAAUAAAUAACAUUGAAGCGAUCAAAAGCGCCAAAGCGCAUAGCGUGUUGGCGGCGUUGGCCAGUAACAAACGCAUCCACCUCAUAGCCACUAUAGAUCACAUUAAUGCGCCAUUGAUAUGGGAUCACAAUAAGCUUAGUAAGCUGAGCUUCACUUGGUGGGACGUAACGACAUUUUCGACCUACCAGCAUGAGACCGAAUGCGAGAUGUCCUCAAUGACUCAACAAAACAGUGCUGUAGCUUUGUCAUCGUUGCGCAACAUAUUUUUAUCGCUGACGCAAAACUCAAAAUCUAUUUACUUGACUGUAGCCAACUAUCAAAUUGAGAAUUGGGGCCAAUACUACCAGGGAAUGGCAUUUAAGGACUUGUACAUGACCUGCAGAGAAAGAUUUAUUGUUAGUUCCGACUUGGCACUCAGGGCGCAGCUGAGUGAAUUUAUUGAUCACAAAAUGAUCAAAACUAAGAGAUCAUUGGAUGAUGGUACCGAGUACUUAGUAAUACCUCUCGAGAAGUCAAUACUGCAGACAUUUGUUGAAGAGAAUAUGUGAAGAUCCAAUGAAAAAACGGUCAGCUGAUUUUCAGUUGUUAGAUUAGGAAAUCGCAAAAUAUAUUUUUCUUAAAUAAAA